AAACUUUAAAGCCAUCUGACUCGCACCAGACUCACGGUUAUCAGUUCUCUCUUCCCGUUCUCCUUUUCCUCUUCCAUGUGUUUGGUUCUCUAGAAAAUAUUUGACUUGAUCUUGAGCGAUUCAGCUAUGCCGAACGUUACCGUCUGUGCUAGGUUUCGGCCUCUGAGUUCAAAGGAGAGAAAAGAUCAUGGUGAUAGCGUUUACAUCCACGCCAUUGACGCCGAAAGUUUCAUUCUCAAGGAUGAGAAGGACGAAGAUAUUGCGUUUAGUUUUGAUAGAGUGUUCUACGAGAAAUCUCAACAAGCUGAUAUAUACGAGUUUCUAGCACUGCCAAUUGUUGGAGAUGCUGUCAAGGGAAUAAAUGGCACGAUCAUCACCUAUGGACAGACAGGGGCAGGGAAGACGUACAGCAUGGAGGGACCGAACAUACUAGAAUCUGAUGAACCGAAGAAAGGGUUGCUCCCAAGAGUGGUAGACGGAUUAUUUUCAUGCCUCAGGUCUUCUGAUGAUGCAACCAAGCACACAAUCAAGCUGUCAAUGGUGGAGAUCUACAUGGAGAAAGUCAGGGACCUUUUCGAUUUAUCCAAGGACAAUAUACAGAUUAAGGAGGGUAGAAUGCAAGAAAUAUUGUUAUUUGGAGUUACAGAGAUCUUGCUAUUGGACCCUGCAGAAGCAUUAGAAAGCCUAUCUUGUGGGAUUGCUAAUAGAGCAGUUGGAGAGACCCAAAUGAACAUGAAAAGCAGCAGAAGUCACUGUGUUUACAUGUUCACAGUCCAACAAGAAUCCGCUAAGGAUAGGAGCGUGAGAACUGGAAAGUUAAUUCUUGUGGACCUCGCGGGGUCAGAGAAGGUGGAAAAAACUGGGGCUGAAGGGAGAGUUCUUGAAGAAGCUAAAACUAUCAACAAAUCCCUCUCAGCCUUGGGUAACGUGAUAAAUGCACUAACAUGUGGUUCACUUGGCAAAGCAAACCACAUUCCUUAUCGUGAUUCCAAGCUCACUCGGAUCCUACAAGAUGCUCUUGGAGGGAACUCUCGCACUGCCUUAUUGUGCUGUUGCUCACCAAGCUCCUCGAAUAUAUCAGAAAGCCUGUCCACUCUUCGCUUUGCUGCAAGGGCAAAGCAUAUAAAGGCAGCACCAUGCAUCAACCGCAGUGAAGAGAGAAAUGUUGAGAAGAGUGAAGCUUUUUCUGUACCUAGAAAUGAGUCAUGUGAAAGAAUUCUAAACAAAUUGAGACAGAGGCUGGAUGCCGAAGAUGUUCAGUUACUAGAGGAGUUAUUCAUUCAAGAGGGAGUAUUCCUUGAUCCUAAUUCAACUGAAGGAUUGGAAUCAGCCUAUGACGACAUUAUUUUGCGCACAAUCUCAUCAUUACAAAAAGCAGCUGAAGACCUGAUGUUUACCGUUGAAAAGCUUCGGAGGGAGAACAAAGCUCUCAAGUCUAGAAUUUCAGAUACUGAAAGGUAUAUAGCACUCAAAGCGGCUGGAGAAAAUGCAAAUAAGUUUCCUGAUUCUCUCAGCUUAGGAGUCAUGAUAGGCUUCUUCAUUCUCUUAGCCUUCAUUGUUUAUUUGGUCAAGUUACUCUUUCCUACCAACAAGAUGAGGUGAAAUUCAAAACUGUCUCCUCUUUAGCUAUCCCCUCAGUUCACUACUGUCUAACCUUAUCAAAAUAUACAAAGCCAGAGAACCAAAAAAGGCAAGUUGUAGGUAACAAAUGGAUGUAAACAAUACAUGUUCCUCUCGUAUCAGAAAAUAUACUGUUUUCUUUCUCUCUUUUUGGGUGAAAACUUUGAAUUCUCAAGUUAUAUAGAUGCCCACACUUGGAAGGGAAAUUCAUCUUGCUUGCAAGAAUAGUGCCUCUUGCUUCCAAAACAUCUCAGAAUUCUCAUAUUUCUAAAUUGCCCCUGAUUUUUUUGCCUUUAACCACAAUGAUCCUUAUGAUUUUUCUCAUAAAGAUGUGUCAAUGUA